AACGAUGACGGGGGCCACUGCUGCCUGGUGAACAAGUGGAGCACCUUCCUGAAGGCCCGGCUCGUCUGCUCCGUGCCAGGACCCGACGGGAUUGAAACACACUUUGAUGAGCUCCAGGAUGUCUUCAUCCAGCAGACCCAGGACUCCAAGAACCCCAUUAUCUACGCUGUGUUCUCCGCUUCAGGGUCGGUCUUCAAGGGCUCUGCUGUGUGUGUCUACUCCAUGGCUGACAUCCGCAUGGUCUUCAACGGGCCCUUCGCGCACAAGGAAGGACCCAACUACCAGUGGAUGCCCUACACAGGCAAAAUGCCCUACCCCCGGCCGGGCACCUGCCCCGGAGGGACCUUCACCCCAUCCAUGAAGUCAACCAAGGACUACCCCGACGAAGUGAUCAACUUCAUGCGCGCGCACCCGCUGAUGUACCACGCCGUUUACCCCACGCACCGCCAGCCGCUGGUGGUCCGCACCAACGUCAACUACCGCUUCACCACCGUGGCCGUCGACCAGGUGGAUGCGGCAGACGGGCGCUAUGAGGUGCUUUUCCUGGGCACAGAUCGGGGCACCGUGCAGAAGGUCAUCGUGCUACCCCGGGACGACAUGGAGACGGAGGAGCUCAUGCUGGAGGAGAUUGAGGUGUUCAAGGUGCCGGCAUCCAUCAAGACAAUGACCAUCUCCUCCAAGAGGCAACAGCUGUACGUGUCCUCAGCCGUCGGCGUGACCCACCUGGCCCUCCACCGCUGCGAUAUGUACGGGGAAGCCUGCGCCGACUGCUGCCUGGCCCGGGACCCCUACUGCGCCUGGGACGGCAGCGCCUGCACCCGCUACUCCGCCUCAUCCAAGAGGCGCAGCCGGCGGCAGGACGUCCGGCACGGCAACCCCAUCCGCCAGUGCCGAGGCUACAACUCCAAUGCUAACAAGAACACGGUGGAGGCUGUGCAGUACGGCGUGGAGGGCAGCACUGCCUUCCUGGAGUGCCAGCCCCGCUCGCCCCAGGCCAGCGUCAAGUGGCUGCUGCAGAAGGACAACAGCGACCGACGGAAAGAGGUAGGGCAGGGGGCUGCACCAGGGGCUGCCGGGAGUGCUGGGUGCCAUUCG